AGCCCAUGUGGUCGCAGCUCAGGCGCAGCCAUCUUUACUUGUGUCUCUCACAUUCUCAAAUAAAUUCAUCAUUAAAAUUUCAUCCGUAUUUAUUUAUUUAAACAACAAAAUUUAUUGUAUCGUACUUUAAAAUAAUACAAAAAUAGACUAGUGUAAAGUGUGACAGUUAAAAUGGCGGACCUUGAUGAUUUUUUUGCAAAGAAAGACCGUAAGAAAUCCAAAGGAAAAAAAUUCACGACCACUGACGAGAUUGCCAAGAAACUUGAGGAAACAGGAAAACGUAUGGAAAAAUUAAAACUCAAAGAAAAACCAUCAAAUAUUGAAGAAGAGGACCCAUUAGCACCUGAACAAGAAGAUGAAGAAUGGCGUGAAUUUACGGAAGAAAGGAAAGAUUACACGGGUUUGAAGCUAGGUAAUUUACAAGUUAGUGACAAAUUAUCAAAUGGCAGUGAUGAUGAGAGAGGUGUUGGCGAUAACAGUUCCGAUGGCGAAUCAGGCGAGGCUAGCUCAAAACAAAGUGGUCCUUGGAAAAAAACCGACGCCGCACCAGUUAAAGAGGUCGUUGAAAGUACGCCGGCACCUGCUGUACAACCAGCUAGUAAUAAUGUCGUGGGUAUGGUGUACAGAUCUCCACAUCUUAGAAAUCAAUCAACAACUGCGCCUCAGAGUAAUAGAUCGCGUAUGAAAAACGUUGCUCCUGAUAUACGUAGUGAAGAAUAUUUCCCAACAUUGAAUGCUAAGCAACCACAAAGUGGUGUUGAUUCUACUGGCGUUUGGGGCAGACGGAAACGUGAUGAAGGUACAUUUGAAGAAGUACGUAAUCGUGGCGGUACUAGAUCAUACGGUGUACCAGAGUCACAAUCACAAGCACCAAAAUUAUCACUCGACAACAAAUACGGUGCAUUACCUCAAGACCAGAGCUGAAACCUUGAUUACAAAUCAGACAUUAAAUCAUCAUCAAUUAAUCGUCGCUUAGCUCUGUUUCGUAGCCCAGUCACGCUGUUAUUAUCAUUAUCAAAUAUUAUUAUUAUAAUUAUUACAGUAAUAACAAUUACUUGCAGACUAGAACACUCGGUGCGUAUUGUUCUUAAACUUAAAAUAAUUAAAUUUAAAAAACUAAAUAAUUAUCGACACGAUAAUAGUGUCUUGAAAUUAGAAAAAAAUUUAAUUAACGUACUUCAAUCAAUGCAUUAUUUUAUUUUCAUGGCAUUUACUAAACAUAAACAUGUAAUCUACGAUAUGCUUUCAAUGUUUUAUUAAAAAAAAAAAAAAAAAAAAUACACGAACAUGAUCAUUCUAUCGUGAUACGACGAUUCUUUCAUCUCUAGGAUCUCAUGAACUUGAUGUGUAAUAAAAAUUAAUAUAACAUAACGUUUAUAAUAACUUAAAUAAUUAAUUAAUAUUAAUAAUUAUAAAUAUAAUAAUUAAAAAAUUAAUAAUAGUA